UCAAAAGGGGAGCGGGUGAUUCUCCGAUGUACGGGAAGAUAACCUCAAAAAUGGAGAAACGGACGAUAUUGAACUCGAUGCACAAGUACCAACCGAGGUUUCACCUGGCGAGGGCCAAUCACAUCUCGCAGCUCGCCUACUCGACGUUCAGGAGUUACGUUUUCAAGGAAACGGAAUUCAUCGCGGUGACCGCUUAUCAGAACGAAAAGAUCACCCAGCUGAAAAUCGACAACAACCCGUUCGCGAAAGGAUUCCGGGACACGGGCGCGGGGAAGCGGGAGAAAAAGUGAGUAUCGCUUUCAAAACUUUGUCAAACACAAAACCACGUAAAGAGCCCCCAUGAAAAAGGUUUGCGAUUUCUCUGUCGCAAAUGAUAGCCACGUGACCCUCACGUGACGGUCACAUGACGAUCAUGUGACGGUCACGUGAGGGAUAACUAGUACCAUUCCUUUUUUCAUGGCGGCUUUAAAAACUUCUUUGUCAGAAGAACAACACCGACAAGAGUACUAUCAAUUAAAAUACUAUCGAAAUACUUCCAUGGAAAAAAAAAAAAAAAAAAAAAAAAACCCAAACCUACCCAAGUUCCCACAACAGGACCCAUACAGGCAGAAUCCCGAAAGCCGUGGAAACCCCUUUCCCGGCCACCCCUAUGAAACAAAAACCAAUUCGCAGGCAUGUCUUCGAGGUCGACCUAAUUGAUCGCGGAGCAUUUUGGGGGUCUCUCCCCUCGAUCCGCGCUAUUAAGGUCGACGUAUCGACCUCAGGGUCAGCCCCCAGGGCCUGGGGUUGGUUUCACGGGGCUCAUUUGCAC